UGGGCAGCGUCCGUCAACAACAUGGAUGAAUUCAUGGCAGAUUCUUUUGCCAACCGCGAUGAGCCCAUUCCCGUGGUACAACUGGAUUUGCAAGAUGACCUCUCGGAGGAAGCCGAUGGCAGCUCUGACGAACGGAAGAGGCACCGGUUGAAAGAGCAUGGCAGGAAUAUCAAGGAGAGCUUUAAGAAGGCCCAUGAGAAGGCAUCGGAUCGUGGAUCUAGUAUGCAAGACCGUUUGUUUGAGAAACUCCUCCAACAAGUUAUACCCACUGAAGACCAAGCGUCCCACCGAGAACAAACCUCCUCCUCCCAAUCCGACUUUGUGACUCGACCAUCCUUUAAUCCAAGUACUAUGGGCGCGAACUUUCGCAGAUUCAACGCUCGAAUCGGUGUGGUGUUUCUCUUCCAAGCCAAAGCCAUACGCCUCUUCUCAUGGCAACAUCCAACACAUACACUCUCCUUCCUAGCCGUCUACACCUUUAUCUGCCUCGACCCAUACCUCCUCACAGUCCUCCCCUUCGUAUUAAUACUCCUCGGCCUCCUAGUCCCUUCCUUCAUAGCCCGACACCCCGCUCCACCAUCCACCAUCUCUACAAACUUCAACACGCCCUAUAGCACAACCGGUCCACCCCUGGCCCCAGCGCGAACCGUUAAACCCGUCAAAGACCUCUCUAAAGACUUCUUCCGCAACAUGCGUGACCUCCAAAACUGCAUGGAAGACUUCUCCCGCGUCCACGACAAAAUCAUCACCCUCCUCACCCCACCCACAAACUUCUCCAACGAGCCCCUCUCCUCAACACUCUUCCUCUUCGCCUUCACACUAUGCCUAACCCUCUUUAUAGCCUCCCAUCUUCUUCCUUGGCGGCUCAUCUUUCUUUUCCUAGGCUAUGCUGCCACAGCCCUCGGACACCCCACGAUGCAACGCCUCUUCUUAAAUACCCAUAAAGUCUACAUUGUCCCAAAAGAGGAAGCAGCAAGCAGUUGGGUAGAAAAAUGGAUAGAACGCGACAUAAUCCUUGACUCAGCCCCUCAAACCCGCGAAGUCGAAAUCUUCGAACUCCAACACCUAUCCUCCGCCGGCGAAUGGGAAUCCUGGCUCUUCUCCUCAUCUCCCCACGACCCUCUCUCAUCAUCUCGUAUACGCGGAGAACGGCCUUUAGGAACGCGGUUCUUUGAAGAUGUAAAGGCGCCCGAGGGCUGGGAGUGGAGCGAGAAGAAGUGGGCGCUGGAUCUGUGGAGUCGCGAGUGGGUCGAGGAGCGCAUUAUUACGGGUGUGGAGAUUGAAACGGAGGGCGAGAGGUGGGUAUAUGACUUGAGGUAUGAGGGUGUAGGGGAUGAUGAUUCUGAUUUCGACACCCCUGGAAAGAAAGGCAAGGGGAAGCAAAGGGCCGUACUGCCUAGCUGGGAGGAGGGUAGUGAUGCUGAAGGUGAUGGACGUGGGAGGAGGGGUGAGUGGAGACGGAGACGGUGGGUGAGGAUGGUGAAGAGGCGGUGGCAGACUAGAAGUGCUGCUGAUGUUUCUGAUGGUAGAAGUUAA